UGGAGGGUUUGCCUAUGAUGUCAAUAAAUAUAUUUGUUGCAACGGAGAUUUGCAAUACAGAUAUAAUGGAGACAGCACUAAAUGUUGCCGAGGACAAUCGUAUGACUCUAAUCAUUCAAUAUGUUGCAAGGGUGACAUUUUGUCUGCAAUAGUCGGACAAUCUACAAAAUGUUGUGGCAGAAAGGCUUUUGAUCCAUCAAAAAAUAUUUGCUGUGAUAACAAACUAAGACAAAAAUCUAGUAGUACGUCGAGAUGUUGUGGCAGUUCUGUGUUCGAAAGCAACUGCUUUAAAUGUGAUUCAAAGGACAUGAUUGUACCACGUUUCAACGAAAAGACAUCUGUUUGUUGUAACGGCAACAUUAUGGUCCGAAAAUACGGAGAUAAUUCAUGUUGUUGUGGAAACAAACAAAUAGAUCUUUCAAAGAAAGCCUGUUGUGAUGGACUUCCGAGAAAAGUCCCACAGUCUUCACCUUGUGCAUGCUGCGGUGAACGUUUGUUUAAUGUUAAAAGCCAAAUAUGCUGUAAGACAAAAAGAAGGCGCCUUAUCUACGGAUAUGAUUCUCAAUGUUGUGGCGAUGAUGUUUUUAACAUGAACACACACAUUUGUUGUCAAGAAACGUUACAUGAAAAGAGAUCUCAAGGAGACACGUCAUGUUGUGGAGCAAAUUUGUUUAAUCCUAGGAAAGAAAGGUGUUGUGACGGAACGGUGCGAGUUAUCCCAGACUCUGUCGACGUAAACAAAAUCCUGUGUUGUGGAAAAGAAAUUUUUGAUUCAACCAAACAUAUGUGUUGUGAAAAUACUCUUUUAUCUAGAAACAUGAACAAUGCAUCAUGUUGUGGACAAAUACAGUAUUCUUCUAAGACAGGUUGUUGUUCAGGAUUACCAUAUGAUCCUUCCCUUUACAUGUGUUGCAAUGGAAAAUUACUUUUAAAAACAACACCAUCUGCCGAUUCUUGUUGCGGCACUUCUGGGACAUAUGAUAGUCGAAAUGAAAUAUGUUGUAAUGGAUAUGUACAAUUUAAAGUUUCAGGAGAAACAACUCAGUGUUGUAGCACGAACAGUUACAAUCCAUCAUUGUAUAUUUGUUGUGAUGGAAAAACUAAGUAUAGAAAAUAUGGGGAACUUACUGCAUGCUGUGGUACUAAGGUUUACAGUCCUGUUCAAGAAAAUUGUUGCAACGGUAUGGUUGUAAGUUUUUAUUUACAGAAAGGUAAACAGAAGAAAUCCAACUCUGAAUCUUACCAGGAUGAUGAUAUGGAGGAAACAAAGAGUAAAACACUGAUUAAGAAAGUACAAAAAAGGAUAAAUAAGUUAAAAGAUAAACUUAAGUCUGUAGAUAACGUAGAAAAAAAUACAAAAGACCAAAAAACUGUACAAGAGCGAUUAGAAAUCCUAAAAAGAAAGCGGAAACAGUUAAAAAAGAAAUUUAUUAAAUCUAACGACCAGAAAAAAUCUAGAAAAUUAAGCAAAAAGAUUGAAAAUGUGCAAAACAAAAUAACAAAAUAUUCAAAAACUGAAAUAGAGCCAAUAAAUAAAAAUAGGGACAGUACAAAAAUUAAUAAAGAAAGAUUGAGACGCCUUCUUCAAGAAUUUAAAGCAAAAUUGAAAGUUUUAUCUCAAACAAGAGACCCACGGGUGAAGAAGAAAAUAAGAUUUGAAAUACAAAUUCUUGAAACCAACAUUCGCAAGUUAAAAAGAAAACUGAAUUUGAAUGAAGGCUUACCUCCACAAGAUGAAGACAAAGACAGAAAAGGUAAAACUAGGAAAGAACGUCUAGAAAUUCUUCGCAGGAAACUUGAAGUAAUUAAAAAGAAGCUUUCUAAACCACAAAGUAAAUCAGAUGCCAAGAAGUUACUGGAGAUGAAAGAGAUCAUUAAAAAACGAAUAAACCGAUUGACAGGGAAUAAGGAUGCAGAUAACAAGAAAGACACUAACAAUAAAGAGAGAGAAGAAAAUAAUGUGGAAAAUAAAGACAAUAACAUAAAGCUUUUAAAAGAAAAAUUGAAAGCAGUACUGAAGAAAAUUAGUGAAACGAACGAUAAGAACACUAAGAAAGAUUUGCAAGAAAAGGCAGAAAAACUUGUUAACAAAAUACGCCGUUUAAAAGGCUUGCCACCAAUCGAAAAUAAGGAUGACUUAGAUGAGAAUAGACUCGAUCGUCUGAUAAGAAGAUUUAGAGAACUAAAACAACAAAUUUCAAACACAAAAAAUGAACGUGAAAGGAAAUCUUUACAAGAUGAAGCAGAUGAAAUCAAAGAUAAGAUUGAUAAAAUUAAAAAUCGACAGAAUAAAGAUGACGAAGACAAAAGCGGAAGAACUAAAGAGGAACGUCUUGACAGUCUUCGUAGCAAACUUGAAAGGGUUAAAAAGAAGCUUUCUAAACCACAGAGUAAAUCAGAUGCUAAGAAGUUACUGGAGAAGAAAGAGAUCAUUAAAAAACGAAUUAACCGAUUGACAGGGAAUAAAGCUACAGAUAAAAAUAAAGACACAAGCAAGAAAGAGAAAGAAGAAAAUAAUGUAGAAAAUAAAGACACGGACAUAAAGCUUUUAAAGGAAAAAUUGAAAACAGUACUGGAGAAAAUUAGUGAAACGAACAAUAAGAACACUAAGAAAGAUUUGCAAGAAAAGGCAGAAAAACUUACUAACAAAAUACGCCGUUUGAAAGGCUUGCCACCACUCGAAAAUAACAAUGACUUAGAUGAGAAUAGACUCGAACGUCUGAUUAGGAAAUUAAAAGAACUAAAACAACAAAUUUCAAACACAAAUAAUGAACGUGACAAGAAAUCAUUACAAGAUGAAGCAGAUGGAAUCAAAGAUAAAAUUGAUAAAAUUAGAAAACGACAGAAUAAAGACGACGGAGACAAAAGCGGAAGAACCAAAAAAGAACGUCUUGAAAUUCUUCGUAGGAAACUUGAAGUGAUUAAAACGAAGCUGUCUAAACCACAGAGUAGAUCAGAUGCUAAGAAGUUACUAGAGAAGAAACAGAUCAUUCAGAAAAGAAUAAACCGAUUAACAGGAAAUACAGAUACAGAUAAAAAGAAAGACGCUGCAAAAAAGGACAAAGACGAAAACAAAGUAGAAAAUAAAGACAAUGACAUUAAGCUAUUAAAGGAAAAAUUGAAAGCAGUACUGGAAAAAAUUAGUGAAACGAACGAUAAGAACACUAAGAAAGAUUUGCAAGAAAAGGCAGAAAAACUUACUAACAAAAUACGCCAAUUAAAAGGCUUGCCACCAAUCGAAAAUAACGAUGACUUAGAUGAGAAUAGACUCGAACGUCUAAUGAGGAAAUUAAAAGAACUAAAACAACAAAUUUCAAACACAAAAAAUGAACGUGAAAGGAAAUCUUUACAAGAUGAAGCAGAUGAAAUCAAAGAUAAGAUUGAUAAAAUAAGAAAACGACAAAAUAAAGAUGACGAAGACAAUAGCGGAAGAACUAAAAAGGAACGUCUGAACAUUCUUCUUAGUAAACUUGAAAAGGUUAAAAAGAAGCUUUCUAAACCACAGAGUAAAUCAGAUGCUAAGGAGUUACUGGAGAAGAAAGAGAUCAUUAAAAAACGAAUUAACCGAUUGACAGGGAAUAAAGAUACAGAUGAAAAGAAAGACGCUGCAAAAAAGGACAAAGACGAAAACAAAGUAGAAAAUAAAGACAAUGCCAUAAAGCUCUUAAAAGAAAAAUUGAAAGCAGUACUGGAAAAAAUUAGUGAAACGAAUGAUAAGAACACUAAGAAAGAUUUGCAAGAAAAGGCAGAAAAACUUACUAACAAAAUACGCCAAUUAAAAGGCUUGCCGCCAAUCGAAAAUAACGAUGACUUAGAUGAGAAUAGACUCGAACGUCUAAUGAGGAAAUUAAAAGAACUAAAACAACAAAUUUCAAACACAAAAAAUGAACGUGAAAGAAAAUCUUUACAAGAUGAAGCAGAUGGAAUCAAAUAUAAGAUUGAUAAAAUAAGAAAACGACAGAAUAAAGAUAAUGGAGACAAAAGCGGAAGAACUAAAAAUGAACGUCUUGACAUUCUUCGUAGUAAACUUGAAAUGAUUAAAAAGAAGCUUUCUAAACCACAGAGUAAAUCAGAUGCAAAGAAGUUACAGGAGAAGAAAGAGAUCAUUCAGAAAAGAAUAAACCGAUUGACAGGGAAUAAAGAUACAGAUGAAAAGAAAGACGCUCUUUUAAAAGAAAAAUUGAAAGCAGUACUGGAAAAAAUUAGUGAAACGAAUGAUAAGAACACUAAGAAAGAUUUGCAAGAAAAGGCAGAACAACUUACUAACAAAAUACGCCAAUUAAAAGGCUUGCCACCAAUCGAAAAUAACAAUGACUUAGAUGUGAAUAGACUCGAACGUCUAAUGAGGAAAUUAAAAGAACUAAAACAACAAAUUUCAAACACAAAAAAUGAACGUGAAAGGAAAUCCUUACAAGAUGAAGCAGAUGGAAUCAAAGAUAAGAUUGAUAAAAUAAGAAAACGACAGAAUAAAGAUAAUGGAGACAAAAGCGGAAGAACUAAAAAUGAACGUCUUGACAUUCUUCGUAGUAAACUUGAAGUGAUUAAAAAGAAGCUUUCUAAACCACAGAGUAAAUCAGAUGCAAAGAAGUUACUUGAGAAGAAAGAGAUCAUUCAGAAAAGAAUAAACCGAUUGACAGGGAAUAAAGAUGCAGAUAACAAGAAAGAUACUAUGAAAAAAGAGAAAGAAGAUGAUGUAGAAAAUAAAGACAGUGACGUAAAGCUAUUAAAAGAAAAAUUGAAAGCGGUACUGGAGAAAAUAAGUGUAACUAGCGAUAGGAACAGUAAGAAAGAUUUAAAAGAAAAGGCAGAAAAACUUACUAAUAAAAUACGUGAUUUAAAAGGUUUGCCACCAUUAGAAAAGAAAGAUGAAUUCAAUGAGGAUAAACUCGAACGACUGAUAAGGAAAUUUAAAGAACUGAAACAACAGAUUUCGAAUGCGAAAAAUGAACGUGAAAAAAAAUCUUUACAAGAUGAAGCAGAAGAAAUCAAAGAUAAGAUUGAUAAGAUACGAGACCGACAAAAUGAAGGUGAUGAAAAUAAAAAGGGAAACGGUAAAACUAUAAAGGAACGACUGGAUAUUCUUCCCACAAAACUCGAAAUAAUUAAAAAGAAGCUGUCUAAACCACAGAGUAGAUCAGAUGAAAGGAACCUGCUUGAAAAGAAGGACGUCAUUCUGAAAAGAAUCAAGCAAUUGAAUGGAAAUAAUGAUAAAGAUGAAAAAGAGGAUAAGAAAAACAGGAAAGGUAACAAGAAAAGUAAAAAAGGUGAAACGCAAAGUGAAAGUAAAGACAAAAAGAAAUCUGAGCUGAAGGUUGAUAUCCACGAUGAUAAAUUUAACCGUCUUAUAAGGAAAUUAAAAGAAAUCAAGCAUCGUAUUUCAGAAGCAAAAAAUGAGCGGAAAAGGAAAUCUUUACAAGAUGAAGCGGAUGAUCUGCUUAGAAAAAUUGAAAAAAAGCUGAAAACUGAUGUCGACAAGAAAGGUGGUGAAAAAGAUGAUAAGAAAAGUAUUCGAAAUCGGGAACAAAACAGAAAAGGUCAGCUUAAACAGAAACAGAGCAAGAUGGAAAAUAGAAUUUCAAACACAAAAGACAAACUUGAGAAGCAGAAAAGAAAAAACUCUUUUUUGAAAAACAAAAUUGAGAAAAAAUCAGAGAGCAGAAAUAAUGGGCCUGGGGAUAUGGAUAUAAAUACCCGUUUACAAGUCGUAAAAGGAUAUUUGGAAAAACUGGAAAUAAUGCUUUCUCAAACGUCUGACAAAGAGAAAAGAAAAGUUUUGAAAGAAGAUAGGCAACUUCUUAAUGAACGAAUUUCUUUCCUACGUAAAGAAUUAGAUGAAUCUGACGGGAUUUCAGACACUGAAAGUAUUAAUGACAGAUUGACAAAAUUAAAAGAAAAACUUGAGAUCGUAAUGAAAAGACUAAAGAAAGAAAGUGAUCCGAGCACUACCGAAACAUUGGAGAGAAAAAGGAAGGUUCUGAAAAGACGUAUAGAUGGACUAACCAAAGAACUUGGCUAUUAAUGUUUCCAAGACAAAUUCAUACUGACAAGCGUCAUGGACAACGACGAUAAUGGUGUUUGAUUAUGGACGUUUGUGGUGUUUAAUAUUCGGCUAUUCAUUUAAAACGUUUCAACGAUAACUUCCAGAAUAUAAAAUGUUUCUGCUUGACUUACUUUGUUUCCAUUAACGUAAUAAAUAUUUAUCUAGCA